GUGGUUUCCAACAAAUUCACUCGUGAUCUGCAAAUCGAUGGCAUGGACAUCUUUGAUAUCCGACUUGCUCAGGUGAUGACAGGAGGAGAGAACUCGACUCAUUACAGUGGUGCAGAUCUCAAUUCCACCUUGACCCACAUGACCAAAAACAUGUUCCCGGGGCAAGAUCCAUACCUGUGGGACAACAGGUACACAGCCAUUAAGGAAUUAGCCAAGGAGCUCGCCAAGGUUGUUGCACAGAAAGGAUCCAGAUCAGUCAUCCCAGCCAGCCCGGCUCAUACCCCACCUCCCAAGGGGGCGACAGAAGGCCCGGUUCGCAGCUUGGAGGACUUUUGGAAUGCUCGCCCCACCGAUGCAGUACCAGAGGAUUUCGAAAUGGCAGAUGAACAUGAGGGCAAUGAUGAUCUCGCCACUCUCGCCGGUAGCCCGGAGUUUCGUCCCGAGGACUACGAUGAGGCCGAUCCUGUCGAACCCCUUGAUACAGUGCAACAGUUUGAGCGAACUACUCAAGCCAGGUUCCUUGAGGAAUGCAAACUUGACAAUUUCAAGGUGAACACCAUCAACAAUUGGGUGUCCCAAAGGGUCGGCAAGGACAAGAUGGCUCAGGUCCGCUUGGCAGGUUCGGAAUUGGCAGCAGCCAUAGAACGACUUCCCGCGGGGAAUCGUCCGGCUGUGGAUGCCAUUGCAGUCCAAUGGGGACUUCCAGUCAAUGCUGCUGCUAAGAUCAAUGAGAGAUCUUUGUAUCAGUUGAUCGCCACCCGUUACGUGUUAGGUAAUUUCUACCAGGGCAUUUGUGUGGUCCUUCACCAAGUGUACCGAAGCAAUCUGAAUGCUCCUUGGGUCGGAGUGAUGCUCAGCAAGCUCCGAUUACAUGAGAAGAAGUUCCCGGUUUUCGGCACGAAGGUGGGGAAACGUUUUAUUCGCAGAGUCCAGUGCAAGUGCAGGAUGUAUCUACCGACCAUCCAAGCCAGCUCGAUCGUGGAAGGUCAUGUGAUGUGUGCAGCCAGGGACAUCGCCCCGACAUCGUGCUUGGCUAAGGAUCUUGACAGUUUGACCUUUCAGGUGGAUCACAAAGCAGGUCCACCCGAUCGGCAGGAGAUCGCAGCGCAGCAUUGUCAGGUUUUCAAGCCAGAGCCCUCAGUAUCAAGCGACAUGCCCGACCAAUUCGCCUGA